AUGUUAUCCGAUGGAACAGUUAAAAUAUUUCCUCGACUAAUUAUAAUAAUAAAUAUUGAUGAUCAAAUUAUUGUUAUCGCUGAAGAUGAUGGUAAAAUUAUAUUAUCAUCCGAUUAUUUAUUACGUAUUAAUAAUGAACAUUCAGGAUUAGUAUUAUCUUCAUUAAUCAAUCAUAAUACAAUUUUAUUAUCAAACUCUAUGACUAGAGGAACAACAAAAAGAGUUGAGCGAAAUCUUGUACUCGGAUGGAAUAAUAAAGCUCCAUUAAUUGCUAAAGAAUUGGAUAGUUAUGUUGCUCGUGGUAGUGAACUACAUGUAUUAACAAAUUCUGAUAAAAUAACACAAUUUAUAAAUGAACAAUUAGUUAAUGAAUUAACAGAACAAAAAAUAUUUGUAUAUUCUGGAAGUUUGACAAAUAGAUUUGAUUUAGAAAAAUUAAAUUUAUUUUCUUAUGAUUAUGUUAUAUUAUUAGCAAAUGAAGAAAGUGAACAACAAAAUUUAAUUGAAGAAGCUGAUGCUGAAUGUUUAAUUUGUUUAUUACAUCUAAAAAAUAUUAUUGAUAAAUCAAAUAAGGAAAAAACAUUUAGUAUAGUAGCAGAAAUGUAUGAUAUACGUAAUUGUCAAUUAGCAAAUACAACAUGUGCCGAUGAUUUUAUCGUUAGUCCAAAUUUAAUAUCAAAAUAUAUUUCACAAUUAUCUGAAAAUAAAAAUAUAAAAAAAGUUUAUGAUGUUUUAUUGACAGUGGAUGGUCCUGAGAUUUAUUCAUGUUUAGCAUCAAUUGCUCUGAAUUUAAUUGGCCUAGGAGAACAGUGCAUGGCCGGACGAUUUUCAAGUGAAUCAAGUGCAAAAGUGAAUAACCAUGCAUUACCACCUGAAUAA